ACACACACACAAACGGCAGCGCAGAUAAGAGAGGGAUCAGGAGAGAACACGGAAGCUCGCGCCUGCUUUUCUUUCUCUCAUCUCCUCUCUUUCGUCCUCCCUCGUUCCGUUUAUUCGACGGCGCGGACCGCUGAUGGGGAAGGUGCAGGCCACGGGGCCGUUGUCACGGCGACCGGACAACUCGGCGUUCAAGCAGCAGCGUCUGCCGGCGUGGUCCCCCGCGCUGAGCGCACACACACUCCUGCCCCUCUUCUACGCUGUCGCCCUGCUCUGCCUCACCCUCGGCACCUGGCUGCUCGUCACCGUGCAGAACACACACGAGACCAAGUUGGAUUAUACCAGUCUCGGCUCGUGUGAACCGUGCUUCGAGCUUCGGAAGGACCGUGGAAGAGCCGCAGAACCAUGUCAAUGUCAGGUGGACAUCGAUAUCCAGGAGAACAUUACGGGGGACGUGUUCCUCUACUACGGCCUGGUCAACUUCCACCAGAACAUCCGCCUCUACAUGGACUCCAGAGACGACGCCCAGAUGGUGGGCAGGAAGAACAGCCUGACGUCCCCCAGUUCAUACUGUAAGCCGCCGUUUGAUAGGGUGGGGGGUGUUCCCAUUGCCCCUUGUGGAGCCAUUGCCAACAGCAAGUUCAACGACUCGUUUACUCUGCUUUACGAAGGGGUGCAAGUCCCUCUGUUCAGAAAGGGGAUCAGCUGGUACACCGACGAGAACGUCAAGUUCCGCAACCCCCCCACCAACAGCACCUUCAGCCUCAAGCAGGCCUUCGAGGGUACCGCUCCUCCUAUCUACUGGCAGAGGCCGGUGUAUGAGCUGGACCAGACGGACCCCAACAACAACGGCUUCAUAAACGAGGACCUGAUCGUGUGGAUGCGCGAGGCCGCCUUCCCCAACUUCAAGAAGCUCUACGGGGUGCUCAACCGCGCACGACCCCCCUUCCAGCAGGGCCUUCCAGCCGGGAAGUACACCGUGAAGAUAGACUACAACUUCCCAGUGGAGUACUUCCGGGGCAGGAAGCAGGUGGUGUUGUCGACGGUCACCUGGUUCGGGGGGAAGAACCACUUCCUGCCCAUCGCCUACCUGGUGACCGGAGCCCUGGUCUUCAUCACCGCCACAGCCCUCACCGCCGUCUACUGGAGACUGGGCAAGGAUGGACAGAACAUGAAGGACCUGUGAGAGAGGGGGAGAGGGGGAUAGAGAGGGGGGAUGGACAGAACAUGAAGGACCUGU